AUGCUCGAAUGGCAUCCUCCGCCAGGCUCUGACGGGCAUCUGCUCUUCAAGAUAAACAUCGCCUUCAUUGCUGUUUCUACCGUCAUUGUAGCGACUCGCCUGAUAAUAAGAGGGUUUGUCAUUCGCAGUCUCGGGAUCGAUGACCUGGUCUCUACCAUUGGGCUUCGUCUAAUCUUCUCAGCCGUCUUCAAUGGAUCAGGAACACGAAUGGACGAGGUCCCACCAGACAAGCUUAUCAAGUUCUUCAAUGUCAGCCAGUCUCUAUUCACUUUCUGCAGUCAUACAAGACUAAAAAAACAGCAGAUGCUCCCAAUAGAGAGACUACUCUAUUUCUGGGCUAUAGGUUUUGUGCGGCUCUCUGUGGUUGCCUUCUAUCCUCGUCUUAAAUGCAACGACAGGUGGUUCAUUUGGAGUAUCUACAUCAUCGUCUUCAUUAUUGUUGCCAGCACGAUUAUCCCCUUCUUCUGGUUCCUGGUCAGCUGUAAGCACAUCCCUGAUAUGUGGGAUUAUUCGGCCCCGAACAGAGAAUGCCGCAGUAUCUGGCCACAGCUAUGGAUGUUAAGUGGAAUCUGUGCCGUAGGAAUCGCCCUUGACCUCUGUCUACUCGCUGUCCCGAUCGUGGUGAUUUGGAAAUCGAUGAAGUUCUCCAAUAAGCUACCUCAAGUGCUCCUUGUGUUCUCCGUCGGCAUUUUUGCAAUGAUUACUUCGGUGGUCCGCUUGGUUAUCAUGUGUACUACUGACUACACAAUAAAUGUGACCUAUAAGAUGAUCACCAUCGGUCUCUGGACAAGUCUUGAAGGCCACGUUGGGCUCUGGACGGCAUGCUUUCCGGCUCUUCAGCCUCUUCUCCGAGACAUUGGCCAUUUCUGGUUCAGCUUACUAGGUAAAGGCGGCUCGCUUAGGAAGUGUACUGGAACGUCAAAAAACCUCAUCGAGAACUCCGAGGCGAACAGCCGCAAUAUCUCAGUUGUGUGA